AUGGCAGAUCAGCUCCCGUCACUACUAUUACUACCCCCGCCUCCACACCCCGCAAACCGCGCUGCUCUCAAGGCCGCCUUUGAACCUCCCCUAAAAGCCGCAAUCUCACGGCUGAAGGAUGAGAAGGCGGAUCAGCAUGCUUCAAUUCUUAUUGUCGGACUCGCCUCGCCUAUCCUCAGGGGUACUUCACUGCGCCAGAAAUCACUCUCAUGGCCUGAGGCGCAAUCUGUCGUAGCUGGCAUAUACAGCAUCGUGUCUGUCAUCUGCGCCCAGCUGUCCGUCCCCUCACACAUGUACGCUGGACCAGGCUCGGUUGAUGUCAGAGUACUCCUGAUCGACCACGAUCCAUCCGCGCCACCCCCGAAAGACUUCAAGCCUGCAAUCGAGCCCAACAACACUGUUGUGCCUGACCUCGCAACCUUCGCAUCUGCCUACCACCCCUGGAAGUACAUAUUUCACACAAGCAACGAACCAGGCUAUCAGAUACUGUCAACCUACUUGAAGCUCGCUGAACCCGUCCAGACGCUGAAGCAGGAUCAACUGAUUGCUGUCCAAGGUGGACUUGCUCUAAACGUUGCCCCGACAGACCGUUCGCAGUCUUCGCAGCAGACCGAGCCGCAUAACAUAAUGUGUCUGGGAGGCACAUUUGACCAUCUACACCCUGGCCACAAGCUGUUGCUUACUGCUGCCGUAUUGCUCCUGAAUGUCCCAGAAAAGGGGACAGCCGGGCCGUGUCGGUUCAUCAUCGGUGUCACAGGCGAUGAGCUACUCAAGAGAAAGAAGUACGCCGAGUUGGUGCAGCCGUGGAACGUUCGUGCGAUGAGUAUCAUGGACUUUCUAUCGUCCAUCCUUCGACUCUCCAAGGAUGGGUGGAACGGCGCUGAGCAACCGAAGCUUGACAGUGGAUCCGGCGAGCUGGUGUCACGAUUCAGAGAUGACACAAUUGAAAUCCAGUGUGUCGAGAUACAGGACGCCUUUGGGCCCACCAUCACAGCUGAAGACAUGGAUGCGCUCGUCGUGUCGGGAGAAACGAGAUCCGGCGGAAAUGCUGUGAAUGAGCGACGAAGGGAACUUGACUGGCGACAGCUGGAGAUUUUCGAAGUCGACGUUCUCGACGCCGACGACGUCGUCGACGGUCCGACCAAGACCCAGGACUUUGCGUCCAAGAUAAGCAGUACUGCUAUUCGACAGAAGAAGGCCGAAUCUCGUAUAUAG